AUGAACGUCAUUAUGUCACUUUUGGACAUUUUUUUUUCUUUGAUUUUGCAUGCGUCCAGAGACAAGGACAUUGUGCGAUGUAUGAUGACUUUUCUUGUCUUAUGUCGCAUGUGUCCUGGGUCUGUUUCUCGUCCAAAUGCCCAAAGAAUAUUAGGAGUUGGAGGAUUGAAUUGUGGUGGCCGCCGGUAUGGGAGUAGAAACGAAACUUCAGCCAAAGGAGCUUCUCGGGGCGCAUUAUCUCCUUCCAUGUCCAAGGAGGCAAAUUCAACUCUAUCGUCAUUGCCCAUCGCACAGAAAUUGUUUUACGAUUUGCCUAUUCAGGUACACGAAAUACUUCGUUUAAACCAUUGGCAAGAAGCCAUACGUUUUAUUUCAUCUCUUUCUUCUUCAUCUCAGAAAGAAGGUGCCGAAGCAAGGCCCCUCACUUCAAGUUGCGAAUCACUCAUUGCCGCAUUACUCUACCAUGGUCAUGGAGAAAGUGCAUUUACUCUCUGGCGUAUUGCCUCCACAAACUUCGACUUUGCCCCCUCACCGAUGACGAUGAUGAAGCUUGCUGUUUACACCCUUCUUGUGGACCGCAAGGCUCAGGAGGCCCUUGACCUUGUGGCAAUGGCAACAAUACCACUGGAAAGUAAGACGGUCGCUGAAGGGCCUGUCUUGGAACUGAUUGCGCUAUGGACGACUGUUUUGGCGGCGCUUUCUCUCGACGAAGAGAGGAAUUUGCAGGAAAAGCAUGUUAAACUGGAACAAAAGGUAGAAAAAGCCCUUGUAGACCUGCUGCGCCUGUCACUUCAGACGGCGAGGAAAGGUGACACGCAGUUGAACGCGGAAAGGCUACAGCUUGCCCUACAUGCUCUUUUGUCAAUAACACUGCUUAGAGAUGGGAGCGAGGUGUUGCAUAGGCUUAUUUCCUCAUCCUUCUUGGAGAGUGACGAUCCUUCGGUUGGCACCCUCUCUCGCGUGGCAGAAGUACUUUCCAUGAAAACAUUUGAUUACAAUACAACUGCCUUCUUCUCAGAUGAUGUGUCUUUUUUGAUUACUCGUAUAUUUUUACUGCCGGUGGUUUGGUCUUCCGAAAAUUCCACCCCUUUGCUGUUGGGGUUAGAGGUGUACAGGAGUUUUUUCAUUGCCAAGCCUGAACCUCUGUCGUCAGAGGUCGGAAAUGCAUAUUUUCCUUUUACUGAUAAUGCGUCUACUAGUAAUACUACCACUAAUAAUAAUGCUUCCGCUACACACACGACGGUAGGAAAUGUGUUUUUGCGACGGCUUAUACAAAAUAAUCUUGAAAAGUCGUUUCUUCAUUCAGUUGUUUUGCACGAUAUGAAUGCGUCCCGUACGUCUCUCAUGACACAUCUACUAGAAACCCCUAUUAAACGUGAUUUGUGUGAUUUGUUAAGCUACAGAUUUGGGAAGGCGUUUAUUUCUGUUGUGAAUGAGUCCUCAUUGAGUGGGGCGCAGCGCACGCCUUUUCUUGGGUAUGUUUCACGGGCGCUUAGUCCUUUUUUUAGCAGGGAUGCACGGCAGAGUGAAACUGGGCCACACAUUGGAGUCGGCACCUGUAAAAGUAUUGUUUGUAGGAACAAAAAUUUUUAUCUGGAGUUGCUUUCCAACUUGAUAACGGAGGUACCUGCUGCCGAGCUUAAAGCAUGGCGUCGUUUUGUGGUUCUUCUGACGGGUGCAAUCAUCAGGGACACGGACGGUAGCGCUCCAGCAACCAUAUCGCAGGAGUUGCGGCUGCAGCUUCAUUUGCGUUGGUGGCUUCCGGAGCUGUUGGCGAUGGUGGAUACCACGCGUGAAUGUAGUUUGUGGGUGACGCCACAAAGUGCAGUCUUCCCUGGUGUUAUAACGGAGUGGGAACAGUCGGUGUGCAUGAUAUUGCGCACUCUUCACGAAAAAGAGCACCGCAACAGAAGCGAAAACCCACUGGGCUGGGCGUCUCUCGAUAACGCAAUUAUCAAGGAUUUGCACAGCACCGAUGAGGCCUCACAAAUCUCGCACGGUGUUAGUCGUUUGCUUGUACAGCGCGUUGUUCGUUGGGAAUGGCUUUUGAAAGGCCUUUGGAAUUUUGCCCGAGAGACCAGUCGUAAUGGGAGUCAAAGCACAUGGAGGAACCUUUUGGAGGUUUGCGUUGAGACGCUAAACCACUGUAGGGUGUUUCACCGUCACGACAUUGCAAGGGAUCUCAUAGAAACCCUGUUUCUUCCCGCCGCUCCUUUUUUGCCAUCUUUGGCAGAGUCGCCCAGGGAAGGUACUUCUUGUGAUAAGACCCUCAUCGCACUGCUCAUCAAUGGGUCAAAUGACACUCUAAGGACCUCCACCACACUAAUGGAGUUACGGUGGCGUUUGGUGGAUGAGGUGUCCCGCUGGAUGCCUGCAUUUCAGGGCUGGGCUUUCAUGAGAGGAUUGCAGGCGCUAUUGCCAUGUUUUCCACAUGAUGCGAAGAAAAGUUUUAUAUCACUGGAAAACCUUAUAAAUGAUCUCUUGAACGGAAAUGGUAAAGAUGAGGUGCCUGGCACCAGAGAGCGAGAACGGGUGGGUAAAGUUUUUGAAUGGUAUGAGGAAGCCUGCCGCGACGAUCUCUCGCUUCGGACACCACAGCUACUUUGUCCACUUUCUCGAGCCAUGCGUCGGGCUUCUCUUAUUAACUCUUUUAGUGAACUAAUGAAAAACACAUUUUGGGAUAUUCAACGUGGUUUUCACGCACCGCGGCCUUCCUCAGCAUCACGGCUAUUGGUAGACACAUUGAUCUUUUAUUAUGCGCACCAUGCUGUGGCCACAACCCGAGCGAGACUUGCUGGAGAUGCAGAUAUUCUUUUGGAGCUCUCCAACACCGCCUAUGAUAAUGCCAGAAAUAUGGUUGCCGCUUUUGCAGAGAACUACAUUCUUGCCUUGUGGAAAGAGGACUGCUUUCCUGCUCUGGAAGCCAUGUUGCUGAAGCCCGCCGCUCCCAAUGAAGGCUCAAAUGCGUCAUCAACAUCGUCAGUAUUGGCUUUUCCAAAGGCCAUGAGUCAUAAGGACUAUUUUUUCUCUGCUGAAAUUGCGUAUCUUUUACCAGAGGCGGAGCGUGAGGCAUUACGGUUGUUUCUGCUUCUGACAUUUGCGCAACGCUUCGACGGUUUCUUAUAUACAACUGUAUUGGGGCGGCUUCCCCGAAGCAAAACAGAUCCUGCACGCGUUGCUGCAUUUGUGGACCGCCUUGUAGCAGAAGAACCGUGUCUUUUUUUUUCUUUGGGCACUGUAGCGCAGCAGGCAGCAAGGGAGAAGUGGCGAUUGCGUGAAUUUUGUGCAUCCAUUGCCGCAUCGCAUGAGAAAGGUGAGACUAAGGAGCAGGAGAAAAGAACACGGAUUGGUGACAGAAAUCAUGUGCGUACCAUCAGAGAAUUAAAUCGUUGUAUUGAUAACUGUGAUUGGGUGAAGGCCCUGCGGGCAAUUCCGCACGUAAUUAGCGACCCGUUGCACGUUGCGCGCAAGGCAUUACUGGCGUGUGAAAAGGCCCCAAAAGGAGCCACCUGGCAAGGCACGAUGAGCAUUUUUGUCAACUCCAGGCACUCGUGGGAACAAGUGUCACCAAAAAAAAAUCGGGAGCAAAAUAAAUUGGGAGACUCUUCCCGUUUGCGUGCCACCAUAGGAAUUCAGGAGUGCGGGCGUAUCAUGACACUUCUAGCCGAUGCAAGACGCUGGUGUGAGGCGCUGCAAGUAUUUGAACUUCUUGGUCCUUACGGGAUGGAUGGUUACACCUUUUCUCAGGCGUGUUUUGCUCUUCGUACCGGUGGUCACCCAGAAUUAGCCAUAGAUUUGUGGGCGAUGUGGCGUGCAUAUGUAGGUGAUGCUGUGGAGCCAACGGCGCAGAUGUGCGGACAUUUUCUGCGUUGCGGUGUGGUAGGCAACACAACGGUGGCAGACGCAGCGUGUGUAAUGUUAAAGUUGGCGGUCCAUGCAUCUGCCCGCCAGAAAGUGACUGUGACCCCAGAAAGUUUCUCUCCCCCCAAUGACGAUUGUACCCCAGGGACGACCCUUCCUCUCUCUAUAGAGAAGGAGGAAAAAACAAUUACCGCCCUUCUCCGCGAUCGUUGGCAUGAGAGUUGGCAGGAGGCGCUACGAGUUGCUCUUGUGAGUGAAAGACCGCGCAUCAUUCAUGCCGUUGCACGGGAGUCGCCCAGCAACUAUCAUUUGUAUGAAGCCGUCAUGCAACACGUCACGCGAGCACAUCGAAAUCUUUCGAUGGAAGAGAGAAGCGCUAUUGCAGGGCAUUUGGAUCUCAAGACUGCGCUAAAUCCACAAGGCAAUUCUGUGGAUUCCGGGGAAGACCGUGCUGUUCGUGUGCUACGGGAACUGUUGGGUGACGAAGAGGGGGAUUAA